UGCACCGACAUUCGACAACCUUCACUUCACUUUCACACUCCUUUAACCCUUCAUUCGGACACCAACCGGCCACCGCGCUACACCCAUGCUUUGCCUUCCUCCUGAGAUGCGAAACCAUUGUACAAUUUCCCGGAGAAUAUCUUCCUCUUCCGUCGCUCCUCGCUGAUAGAGAGCAUGCCCGACACGGGGACGGCAGCUGCUGCGGCGGCCGCCAGUGGUGCAGCCGCCUCCGGCGAAGGCUCCGAGAGCUCCCGGCACCGACACCGAGCGCAGCAGGGAGAAGCGGAGAGGCCGGAGCCGGGUGCUGCCUCGUCACAAAGCACCUCCGGAGUACUAGAUAAGUUGUUUGGAAAGCGGCUGUUGCAUGCUGGGAGACACAUCAUGUCUCAUAAGUCUUGGAUGAAAACUGUGCCCACGGAGAAUUGUGAUGUCCUCAUGACAUUUGCAGACACUAUAGAUGACCACACGUUGCUAUGGCUACUGAACCACAUCCGGCUGGGAAUCCCAGAGCUCAUCAUCCAAAUCCGACAUCACAAGCACACACAAGUCUACGCGUUCUUCGUCACCGCUACGUAUGAAAAUCUCUCCUUGUUGUCCUGCAGUUUGUUACGAGGUGCUGAGGAGAUGGGACUGAGGAAAGCUGUGAAGCCCGAGUUUGGAGGAGGAAGCCGAAACUUUUCCUGUGAGGAGGACUACAUCUACGAGAACAUCGAGACUGAGCUGUGUUUCUUUACCUCACAAGAGAGGCAGAGCAUCAUCAAAUACUGGUUGGACAAUUUACGUGCCAAACAUGGGGAAGUGCUUCAUAAUAUCAACUUCCUGGAGGGUCAGCCAAUCAUCCCGGAGCUGAGUGCGCGAGGUGUGAUCCAGCAGGUAUUUCCUCUUCAUGAGCAGAGGAUCCUCAGUCAGCUGAUGAAGUCCUGGGUCCAGGCUGUUUGUGAGAAACAGCCUUUAGAUGAUAUCUGUGACUACUUUGGGGUGAAGAUUGCCAUGUAUUUUGCCUGGCUGGGAUUUUACACCACUUCCAUGUUGUAUCCAGCUGUGAUUGGAUUUGUGUUGUGGAUGCUCACUGAGUCUGAUCAGACGAGCCGUGACAUCUGCUGCGUGGUGUUUGCACUGUUCAACGUGGUGUGGGCCACUCUGUUUCUGGAGCGGUGGAAGAGGAGGGGGGCUGAGCUGGCAUUCAAGUGGGGAACACUGGAUACGCCGUCCGAAUCCCUGGAGGAACCACGGCCUCAGUUCCGGGGAGUCAAGCGCUGCAGUCCCGUAACAGGAUGUGAGGAGUUCUACUAUCCUCCAUGGCGGAGGCGUGUAUUCAGGUGGCUGGUCAGCCUGCCCAUCUGUAUCCUCUGUCUCUGCUUUGUCUUCCUGGUCAUGCUCAUCUGCUUUGAGCUGCAGGAGUUUGUGAUGGGGAUCAAGGAAAUGCCCCGGCUAGCUCGCUUUAUCCCAAAAAUCAUGCUAGCUAUCACUGUGACUGCAUGUGAUGAGGUGUACAGGAAAAUCGCCUGCUGGCUCAAUGACAUGGAAAACUAUAGACUCCAGAGUGCCUAUGAGAAAAAUCUCAUCAUCAAAAUGGUUCUUUUUCAGUUUAUAAAUUCUUAUCUCAGCCUUUUUUACAUUGGAUUCUACCUCAAAGACAUGGAGCGCCUGAAAGAGAUGCUGGCCACUCUGCUCAUAAUACGGCAGUUUCUCCAAAAUGUGAAGGAGGUGCUGCAGCCUUACCUGUAUGAACGCCACAAGCUGGGCGAGCUCACACUGCGAGCUCUGUGGGACCUGCUGAUCUCAGUGCUGCUGAAAUACGCCCGGCUCGCAGCUGGAAAAGCCCAGGCCUCUCCCAGCGAUCACGCCAUGCCAGGACCUGGACUGAGGGGCACCAGGCCUGGGUUUGGGCAGCUAGAUAGAAGGGAAAAGAAGUGUUUAAAUGGAGGAUGCGGGGUGCCUGAUGAGGAAGAGAGAGGUGAGAAAGACGAGGCCGACAGCGGGAGGUUCAGUGAGGGAGAGACGGAAGAAGAAAGUCUGAUCGACUGCGGUUUGAAGCUGAGGAAAGUCAGCUUCAUAGAGAAGGUGGACAGAAGGCCAGUCUGCAGUGGGCCCCCCAUGGACAACAGUUUCAUGGACGAGGGGAGCCCCACUAUGGUGGAGAAAGGAAUGGACCCUUCCUCUGUAUUUGAGAUGUGUGACGACGACGAUGAUAAUGGCAUCCAUGAUGUGAAGGAGUCCGGUGGCGGAGCUACAGGUGUGGCUGAGAGAAAUAAUGCUGCUGCUGCAGCCAGCGCCGCCCCGCUGCCUUCUGGGUCUGAGAGCAGCACAUCAGUGCGACAUAGAAGAAGAGGCAGGAGCACUGAGAGACUUGAGCCUAAGACAAAAAGGGAAUCAUGGAUAGACCCCCCUGAAAACAGAGAGAGCAACACGCUUACUCAGGCUGAGAUGGAGAGCUGCAUGCAGACCUAUGCUGACACCUUUCAGGACUACCAAGAGAUGUUUGUCCAGUUUGGCUAUGUGGUGCUCUUCUCCUCAGCCUUCCCCCUGGCUGCCAUGUGCGCUCUUAUCAACAACAUCAUUGAAAUCCGCAGUGAUGCCUUUAAGCUCUGCACGGGUCUGCAGCGGCCCUUUGGACUCAGAGUGGAAAGCAUUGGCCAGUGGCAGACUGUGAUGGAAGCCAUGGGCUUGAUUGCCAUCAUAGUAAACUGUUACUUGAUUGGUCAAUGUGGUCAGCUACAGCGUCUAUUUCCGUGGCUCAGCCCCGAGAUGGCCAUAAUCUCCAUCGUCAUCCUCGAGCACUUUGCCAUCCUCCUGAAGUAUGUCAUCCAUGUGGCUAUCCCUGACAUUCCUACAUGGGUCCGAGAAGAGAUGGCUAAACUGGAUUAUCAGCGCAGGGAGGCCUUUAAGAAGCAUGAGCGACAGGCGCAGCAGCAUUACCAGCAGCUGCAGAGGAGGAAGAGGGAGGAGGAGGAGAGGCAAAGGCAGGCGGAACAUAUGGCCCGCAGGGAAAGGGAGAGGGACGAGAGCAAGGGCGACUCCUCUGGGGAUCACCACCACGAUAAAAGCCACAGCAGUAAAUCACGCACUGGAGGAGGGGCGGGCAGCGGCUCGGACAAACCCAAGAGGCCCAGCUCUCUGUUGGCCAACAAUAACGUGAUGAAGCUGAAACAGAUCAUCCCGCUGCAGAGUAAGUUCUCCUCGAGUGGCGCCCGCUCACCUCAGUCACCCACUGGAACUGAGCCGAAGCUGCCCGGGUUCCUGAGUUUCAAAUUCCUCAAAUCACCUGAGAGUAAAAAGGAAGUUGCUGCUGCUUCUGCUGCUGCAACCACAGCGGCAAAUGCCACAGCUACCGCAUCAUCUUCAUCUUCAUCAUCAGGUAGCAGCUCUCAGGAGCGUUCUCAGUCACCCAGCAAAGCCUUCAACCCUGGGAAACUGUUUAACUUUGGGAAAUCUGAGGGGGGGACAUGUGUAAACGGAGCUGUGCUGCCCAGACCCGGGGAAGGAUCAUCCUCACAGACGUCAGACAGACAAGCAUCCAGGUCUGACUUGAACGGUGUUCCGGACGAGAUCCCCUCGCCUAGAGGCGAAGGGUCAGAGAACGGGCAUGCAACAGACUUGGACCCAACCAGCUCUAAAGUCUAGUAGCUCCAUAGAGAACAGACCUGGUUGAUGGUUACAUCUCCACAGCAGAAGUGAUGCGUUCACUGUGAGGAGAAGCCUGACCUACCUUCUAUGCUAUCACACACUAUGUAUAGAAGUACUUGAAACAGAGAGAUGAGAAAAUGAUCUGAUGAUAGGUGACUUGUUUUGGUUUUCUUUUUUGCUGAGGAAAAAAAGACAGGCUUUAUAAGAACGACAUAAGCCCUCUUAUCAUGAUUAAAUACAAACACACACACACACACACACACACACACACACACACACACACACACACACACACACACACACACACACACACACACACACACACAAACAUACUUUACACAAACAUACAAGUCCUUCCUUGUCUGCAAUACAUUAAGAAAUGCAUGAGCUGCGUUUCUAAUAUUUUUAAGCCUUUAAAGCGAGGAGCUGUGUUUCUUGAUUUCUUCUAGUCAUGAAUUGUAAGCAUCCUGUUGGCCUCUCACUAAGACAUAAUAGCCUACUGAAGGAAAAAAGAUAUGAAAACAUCAACAGUGGUACGAAAGGAUUACAGAUUGUACUUCAAAUUACUUCUGAGAUUGUUUGUAGCUGCCACAACACAAUUGACCAUUAGCUAUUGUCUAAUUUUUAACUGUGAGGAAUUUUUGGGCCCUUCACUUUUAUAUUGAAGUGAAAAGAAAAGGAAAAGCAAUAUUGGUCAGUUAUAAAUAUUAUCAUCAAUUAUCACAGAACCCUCCAUUAAUUACAUCCCUGACGCAUCACCAGCUUUAUUUUCAAAGCAGAGGUGAUGUCUGAGCUUUGAACAUUUCUUCCCAUCCUGUGACAGUGAACAGAUUUGUUUCAAAAACAAAGGAACUUGGUCGAGCUGUCAGAUACCAGUAUUUUCACCAUGAGAGCUUUGGGAAAAUAGAAAAAGAAAAUAAAGAAAGUUCAAAAUGGCUGUUGAGGGCUGUUCUCCAUCCAAGCCCAUGGAGAGCUUUGUCAACACAGAUGGGGCUCCAUUGCAGUCAGUCUAGCCCCAGACUUGGAAAGCGAGCGUAGAGUUAAAUAAGUAACUUUUGCACUGAACCUUAAGCCCUGCAUUAAAACAACUCGUUCUGCAGGAGAGAGGACUGACACCAGCCUGCCUCAUAACAUUAUGCAAAAGCUGGAUAUUUUUUGAUUUCCUCCUCUCACACAGCACAUGUUAUCUAAUCACCUGGCCCUGUUCUCAUUAAGCUAUGGGAUUUAUUUCUACAAUUGUUUGUAUUAUUUAUGUAGAGCUACAUAUCUCUUUUUAUACACACCAUUUGCUGCAUUCUUUCAGCAUUGCAGUGCUGAUGAUGGGAGUUUUUUCUUUUUUAACAAAGGCGGUAUUUUUCAGCCUAUACGGUUAACCCAAACUGUAUGCGUACUGUAUGUUCUGUUAAACAUGUACUCAACACUGUUCCAUCAUCUACCAUUUACAGGUAUUUCAUUUCUGCUGGGUCAACAGAAGGUGGCGCCAGAGUUUAUUUUCAUUGCAAAAAUGUUGUAGUUAGGCAGCUUCCAAUGUACUAUUGACCCCUAACACCAGUGUCUAGUCAUCCGAAUACAUCUAUCAACAACAUUACGGUAUCAGGCUGCAGAUUAGGGAAGUCUUUGAAAGGAAAAUGUGUCAUGGUUUCAUUUGAUUAGGUACACACUGAGAAGAGUUUCAGAGACCAUCAGACUGUAGGUUGAGACCGAAACAUUAACUAUGCAUUUCCACACCAUCCCCUCUGGCAAGGAUUUUGGCAAUAACACUGAGUUGAAAAAGACUUACUUGUACUCCAAGUCUAGACUUCCUCACCUGAAGCACAUACUGUAUCCUACAGCAAUUAUCCUACAUACAGCAUUAUCCCCUACCAGACUCUAUGCAUUGUUUCAUUGUGUCUCUUCAAUGUCCGCUGUCAGCUCUCUCAAUUUUGCUCUUUCUAAGAGUUCAUAAGAAAUCCUCCAUGACUCAAAAUGAGGUAAUAAGCAUUAUUUCAACCAUUGUUAAAGUAUCUGUCUAGUCUAGGAGUAAAAAUUAGAUUGAACAUCAAACAUAGUUUGCAUAUUUUAUGUUGCUGCUUUUCAUGCGUCUGUAAUUUCACGAAAAGUGUAGUAAACCUUUACGUUAAAUGCCUAAAGAAAACACAAAAAUGUACUUCCACAUAGCUUAGUGACUCUCAAUGCAAUAAGGAAAUAGAAAGGGCAUCAAUGUUGUCAAUCUUCAGCAUGUUCCCUUUUCUAUAUUUGGAAGUCAUUGCUCAUUAUAGAUGUAACAUGAGAGGGGCAAGGCUGAGAGUUAUGUGAUCUUCUAUCAAAGACAGGCAGGUCAUUGUUAAAGGGACGCGUGAUAGAGAAUAGGAUGGUAAGAGUAGUCUCAUCAAAACCUUUAUCCUUGGAUUUUAGGGCUGAUGAUGCAGCACAGUCCACUUAUCCUUGUUUCAAAGUUUGUGAAGGUCUAUAUUGAAGAUGAGAAGACAAUUUAUAAGCAGAGGUGACUAAAAUGAGAAAGUGGAGAAAAGAGCAACAGUUUCAGUCCUUCCUUGAUGUAUGUAGUUCCUCCUUAUUCAGGGAAAUCUUACAAUUCAACUUCAUACAACACAUACUUCAUACAGGUUGGUUAACGCUAUCCAUUUAUAUCUUCUUUCAUUGCAUUCUCAACAGCAGCAACUACUUCUGCACAUUUUUAACAUGGAGGUUCUUAAAUAAGCAUUCAAAGCUUUACAAGAAACAGCACUGGGCCAAGCACAUGCUUCCCUUACAUAAAGACACUAGCUCAAAUAGGUGAAACUUAUAAGCUGUCUGUAAUUCACUUUAAAUGCAACAGCGGUUUUUUUUUUUGUAGGACUUGGGUUUGUGUAGACAGUCUAAUGUGAAACCAGUAGGAAAAGACUGAGUUUAGUCAUUGUACUUCUUGUGCUAGGGGACGGAUGUGGUUCUCACAACAUUAAAACCUGACCCUAACAUCUUCAUGAAAGCCUCACUUACUGAACACCGUUUGUUCUUCCAAUGAACCACUGUACAAAAAAAAUCUUUUAAAGAAAAAUACUGGGAAAUGGGAUUAUUUAUUUCUUUUAAUUUAUUUUGUCAUAUUUUUGUAAGACCUGAACAAUAGUUAAUAAAAACUAUUUAAAAUGCA